AAAAAAAAAUAUCAACAAAAAAUGUGCACAACCUCAGAAAUUUUUCACACAAAACUCAACAACACAUUUGGUAUUAAGAACGAAUCAGAAGGAUAUGACACAAUUACAUUUGAAGAUUAUAAAUUUACAGAAAAUUUUCACAAUGCAUAUAUUAAAGAGGAACCUGUUGAUUGUUAUGAAAUUGUGGAGCUUACUGAUGUGACUGAUAUUCAUCCUUCUUUAAAGUUUUAUGAUUCUAAAGCUAGUGAAGAGGACGAAUCAAGUGAAAGGAUAGAAAAUCAUGGACAGAUGCUUGUUGAUAAUGAAGGAUUUAGGAAGGAUGAUAAAGCGUUUAUUUUGGAACCUAAAAUGAAGUCAUUUAGUGAUAGUCAAAAUAAAAAUGAAGCAGAUAAUACAGAGUUAAAAAACAAUAAUUGUGGACAACAUGUAAUCAAGGAUUCCUCAGAAGACUUAAGUUUGCGAAGUGUCUUGUUGAAACUAAGCUCUCCUAAAGAAGAGGCUGAGUUUAAAACUGAUCCUGAACAUGAUUCAGUAAUAAAUACAGAAAGGUUCUCUUUAAAAGAUCGUAAAUGUUUCUUAGUUCAUGAUCAUAGCUAUUCUCAAUCUGCAAAUGCUCCUAUAUUGAACAAAUCACAUUCUGAUGAUGAUGGAGAAAGCUCACAAGAUGAUGAUGAAAUAGAAUCAGUAAAAAAAUUCUCAGAAUCAAAGUUUUCAAAAAGAAAUAACUCGUCUGUGAAACUUGAACAUUUAGAUUUAAAUAAAGUCAAACUAAAAUCUGACAAAAGCUCUUUAAAAUUACAAAACAGCCGCAAUCGAUCAAGAUCAGAAUCAUCAGAAGAGGCUUACUUAAAUCAACCUAAUUUAGAUGACUUGAAUUCAGAAUCCGAUGAUUUAAUGGAUGAAGAUGAAGAUGGAAUUCAGUAUAAAGAAAUAUCUCCAAUUAAACUUAAUGAUGCUUCAAUGAGCUUUUCUGAAAGUUCUGAGGACGACCAUUCUUGUUACACUAAAUAUUCAAACAGCAGUUAUGACAUUCAAUCAAAAUACAAACAAAGUUUAAACAUGGAUUCAAUUAAAAAUGCUGAAAAUAUUAGGAUAAAGAAGAAGAAGAGAAAUGAAAUUGCAAGUCAAGUGAGCUGUGAUAUUAAGAUUAAUAAUGCAAUGGAUUUAAAGAAAUGUUUUGAGUAUUCUUCAAAUAAAUCAGCAAAUUCUUUGAAAUCAAACAAAAAGAGUUCCAAUGGAGAAGUAAAAUCAAAAAAUAAAGGUUCAAAAAUUUCAAAAUAUACACUAUCAAAUCAGCUAGAACCAAAACACCACAAAAGCUCUAAAACUUCAUUGAUAAAGUCAGCACAAGUAACAAACAAUUCAAUCCAAUCUAGCACAAUAGAUCUGUCAACAGAUUCAUCAAAUUCAGACACAAAUGUUCAAAGCAUUCAAAAUAAGAACAAAAAAUCAAUUCAAAUUGAACCUAAACCCUCACAACCUAGUCAUCCAUUGAAAUGUCCAGAGUGUCCAAUGAUCUUUAACGAUACUCUUCGUCUUAACCGACACAGCAGGACACAUCAAAUCCCACAAUUUCAAUGUAAGAAUUGUCUGCGAAAAUUUAAAAGAAAAUCAAUGUUAAAGAAACAUUUUUGUGAUAUAAAAUGUACAUCCUGCCCUGACAUCUGCACAUGUGAGAUGGAUGACACAAGAGACUGCAUAAUUUGUCAAAAAAUUAAUUUUCGAUAUUUUGUUGACUAUAAGCAGCACAUGGUGACUCAUCACAAUGAAAUUGUUUAUUGUAAAAUAUGUGAGAAAAAUAAUUACACACUUUUUAAGCACAAGCAGUUUGGACAUGUUGUUGUAAAAUCAUUUAAAUGUACAAAAUGUACAUCAAUCCUAAAAUCGAAAGAACAACUUGAUUAUCAUAUGGAGAUUCAUGCUAAAAAUUUCUCUUGUUCAAAAUGUAAUAAGAUUUUUUCCCGACGAUACCUUUUGAAUCAACAUGUAUUGACCCAUGAGAAUCCAAAGCACUUCCACUGUGAGAUUUGUGAUAAAAAUUUUCAACGUAAAUUCUGCCUUGAUAAGCAUCGAAAAGUCAUCCACAGUGACAAAAGAAAGGAAGAGGAUUACUUGAAUAAGCGUAAAGAAAUGUUUGGUGAGAAAAGUUUUGAAUGGAUCAAAUGUAACAAAUGUCCAGCACUGUUUAAGAGCAAGCAGAGUCAUAAUAAACAUUUGCGUCAAGCUAAAUGUCACUAAUUUUCAAUUGCUUUAAAAUACAAUUUAAAUUCAU